GAGGAGGAGGAGAACCUGUUGGUGCUCCCAAAUUGUUUUCCCGAGUUGUUCUCUGGAAGCGCCGCAUCGACUCUUCACUCGGAAGAUUUUGAGUUCGGGAAGGAGCAAAAAUUCAUUUGACAGAAACGAUCCGGGCUCAGGAAAGACUCGCAAAGGAUUCGCAAAGGAUUCGGCCAAGGAUUCCGAUUUGGUUUCGGACGCUCCGGUACUUUGAGAUCAUGGCUUCGCUCCGACUCUGGACCGAGGGGCUUAUUCUGGCCAUCUUGGCCUGGUCCGUCUCGCCCGGCGUUUCCCGGGACUCGGCAGUGGGAUCGGGGACGUGGCGUGGACUUUCCGAGGAAAUUGUGCGCAAGGAGAGCCACCCCGUCCUGUCGCGGAAGAAGCGGGAGUGGAUUUGGAAUUCGCUCUAUGUGGAAGAGGAGAAACCGGCUCCCAUUCCCUACAAGAUCGGGCAGCUCAAAUCCAGUCAGAACGUGGAGGUGAAGCGCUUUAAAAUCGAGGGCGAAGGCGCCGAUGGGAUUUUCAGUGUGGACCUCAAGGGCGACCUGUUUGUCAGCAAGUCUCUGGACCGCGAGGAGAAGAGCUCGUACCACCUGACCGCCAGGAUGUACGACGGCAACAACAAACUCAUCGAGGACUCGGGAGACUUUGUGGUCCAGGUGACCGACAUCAACGACAACAGUCCCGUCUUCCUGAAAACUUACAACGGAUCCAUCAUGGAGAGGUCCACCGUAGGGACCAAAGUGAUCGAAGUGAGAGCGACGGACGCUGACGACCCAACCACCGCUAACGGCGAGCUCCGCUACUCUCUGACGCCCGACGGCGACCUGUCUGCCUUUGAAAUCGACAGCAUCACAGGUAUGAUCAGCUGCAAGGUGAGCACUCUGGAUCGCGAGACCAAGAGUCGCUACGUGGUGGUGGUCCGAGCUCAGGACAUGAGAGGAAUGGCGUCCGGGAGCACGGCCACGACUUCCGUCACCGUCAGCGUCGGCGACGCCAAUGACAACAUCGCCUCCUUCACCAGAAGGACCUACGAUCUGGAGGUUCGGGAGGACCACAAGCUGAACGCCAGGAUCGGCACUUUGGAGCUGGAAGAUCGCGAUCAGAUCCAAAACAAAGAGCCCAUCCUGUCUCUGCCCGUCGACAACAAAAUCUUCUACGUGGAGCUCGGCCCCGGCAACGACGGCGAGCUCAUGCUCAGACAGCCUCUGGACUACGAGACGAGAAACAGUUACUCGUUCAGCGUGCAGGUGCGGGAAAACUUGCGGAACUUGCGCUUCCCCGCCGACAACGUGGCCACAGCCGUCACCUCGGCGCAGGUGAACGUAAAGGUGUCGGAUGUGGACGAGCCGCCGGUGUUUUCGCUGCCGACGUACACCUUCACCGUGCUCGAAGAGCGCCUGGUCAACAACGUCGGCGCCGUCAGCGCCAGAGAUCCGGACAAAGCCGGCAAGAGCAUCCGGUACUCCAUCUUGGACAAGGAUUGUCCGAUCGCUAUCAAUCCCAUCACGGGGCAGAUGUCCACCCUGAGGACUCUGGACCGCGAGCUGGAGUCCAGGCAUAUGUUCCAAGUUAAAGCGCAAGAGGAGCCAAGCGGUUUGGAGUCGUUCGUCAAAGUCAACAUCGUCGUGGAGGACGUCAACGACAACAAGCCCGAACUGGAUGCGGACGAGAUCUUUGUUUGCGAGAAUGACGCCGCAAACACGGUCAUCGGAACGUUGAGGGCCACCGAUAUGGACGACCAACCGGCCUCGUUUACUUUCAGGCUGGACUCUCCCAGCUCCAAUUUCUCCAUCAGAGACUUUGGCAACAACACCGCAGACGUGGUGGUGCAACAGGGACCGUUCAACCUGGACGAUCCCAGAGAUUACAGCGUGGACGUCAGCGUCAGCGACGGCGGACGACCCGUCCAGACCAGUGUCACCAAACUGGUCAUCAAAGCAUGCCGCUGCGACGGCAGACGGAUCCCGACGCACUGCAAGGCCGUGGCUCAGAAGAUGGGAGUGAGCGUCCACGUUCUCAUCGCUAUUCUGCUCUGCAUACUCACGAUACUGGUGAUCGUCAUCCUAUUUGUGAUGAAGAAGCGCUACCACAAAGACUCGCUGGCCGGCAUGAAGAACAGCGGCGAGAUCCACGAGCAGCUCGUCACCUACGACGAGGAAGGCGGGGGCGAGAUGGACACCAACGGCUACGACGUCUCCAUCCUGACGUCGGCCUUCCACGACGGCUCCCUCCUGCCCCACCCGUCUCUCUACGCCAUGGUCCAGAAGUCCCAGCCGCUCCCCCGCCAGCACCAAGCGCAGCCCGCCUCCACCCGCAAGGGCGACAUGGCGGCCAUGAUCGAGGUGAAGAAACACGACGCGGACCACGACCGCGAAGGCUUCCCGUACGACACGCUGCACAUCUACGGCUACGAGGGCCCCGAGUCCGUAGCGGGGAGCCUCAGCUCGCUGGCGAGCUCCUCCAGCGGCGGAUCGGACUCGGACUACGACUUCCUGAGCGACUGGGGCCCCAGGUUCAGGACCCUGGCCGAGCUGUACGGCGCCGACGAGUCAGACUACUACCAUUAGUUGACCUUUUCGCCGUGACGUCGCGCGUACUUCCGAGCGGCAAGAUAACACCUUUGGCAAACCAACCGUCUCGUUUGACCUCGGGUAAAUUCGACCAUCCUUUUCUAUCUUCUCGGCAAUUCUUGCGAUCGUCUCUGUAAAACGAUUUCGUUUAUCCUCGCCAACAGCCUUCUCGUGAUUCAUUUAGCUUUUAUUUUCUUUUGAAAUUGAUAAACAACUCAACCAUUUGGGAUAAUGGCGGCGAGUUCUGGUCGUGGUUUUCAGGUCGUAUCAGCGGUAUUGGAUCACUUUUUCUGCCACCCGGACGUACCCAGGCGCGCGUUGUUUACAAACAUUACGAAAAGGUCUAUAGUCGACAACUGCAGGAUAAAAUCACCAACAAAACGAGACACUUGAACAGGAACGGGAACAACAGCUGAAUUUGAAGGCGUCAUUAUUCUUGUUUCCGGACGCAGGGUCUCUCUCUUCUCAUCCAAUCAGAUCGAAGGACGUCCCAUGAGGGGGAGUGGCCAAACGAGCGCAAACUUGCGAUGUGAGGACGCAACCCGAGUUGACCUCUGAGUGUCAUUUGUUUAUACGGCGUAAUUGUGCACACGGGCACAAGAAUUACAUAACACAGGCGGGGGGGGGGGGGGGGUCCAUUUUAUUCCGGACACUUGUUUGAUUUCAUCAUCCAAUAGGAAUGAUGCAAAGAUAAUCCCCAGUUUUCCUUGCCGGAAAUCAUUGGAUCAAACAGGUGUACCUGAUAUAUAAGCCAUGUAAUAACGAUUUUAUAUCCUGGUUGACACAAAAAAAAAAAAAAAAAAAAAAGACAAGAAACCAAUACUGCAUUGGUAAGACCUCGGCCUGGCAUUUUUUACCGUUUCACCAAUUUGUCGGCGUGGCGUUUUGUCACUUCUGAGCUUUUUAUAGCUGACAAAAGCAGACAAAGCAAAACUUGAUGUGCUUUUUUUUUUCCCACGCCCAUGCAAAUAUGGCCACUUCAUUAGGUACACCUGCGACAUCUAAAGACAUGCAUUGCAAAAGCUUCUUAUCAAAUUAGUGACGGCCAGAUUUGAUUGGAGCCAAUUCUGGAUCCUAUUAAGAUUUUGAAGGUGUACCUAAUAAAGUUGAGCUGCUGCUGUACAAGCCACAAACUGCACGUUGAGUGAAAUACGGGCAGGGUUUGUCAUCGCCACAGGACUAGUUCUUGCCAAAACGAAGCUCCACAACGGACUUCAACUUAGUUUAUUGUCAUCGAGAUGAAGUCCGGCGAAUUUGACUUUUUCAGCGGAUGACGAGACAGCUUAGCCAAUAUGCAAAUGCAGAAAUAUGAAUAUGAAGGGGCUCACUGUCACGACAGCGUACGUACACGGUAUUUAUUGGUGUUUUCCCCCCCAUUUACAUUUCAAAAAGCAAACGAGCAAAGGAUGUUUGAUGAUGAUUUUUUUUUUUUUAAAUCAAAUCAAGUGUGAACUCUACACUGAUUGAUUUUUGCUUAUCUCGUUUGGUCAAAAUCGAGAGAGGCCAAACGGCCCAGCACAAUUAGCUAUUGGGUGUUCCUGUUUUUUUUUUUUUUAUUGACGCGAGUCAUCAUCGCUCUCAUUGUCUGGCGAGGAAAGCGCAACUCUCAGAGGCCUCCUCGCCGCGGACCACUCAGGAAGCGCACAGCAGCUCGGAGGUGCUUCAACUACUUUAACCUCUCAUCCGUCUGGCUACCGGCAGCUGGUAGAAGCUCAUCAAAAAAAAAAAAAAAAAAAAAAAGCAGUCAAUGGCUAAAUGCUGUGGGAAUGGAAAAAAAAAAAUAGCAGUCUCAUCUCCAAAAGUGUGGAUUGAGAAUGUCUGAGGUUGCAGAUUAAGCCAGAGUUUGACUGUGUACUGAAACAAAAAGGAAGUCAUUUCAUCCAUCCAAACAAAAGUUUGUUGCACUUUUGGUGAUUCCCCGUCGAAAAACGCUGAAAUGUGAAGAAUGCCUUUUUGUUUAUUGCCAUUCUUUGCCUGGAGGAGCCAUCACAAUCGCCGGAAGUCACUUUGGCCUUUUUCUCGUCGGCGUUCACGUGUGAACUUGGUCUUCCCUCCCGCCUCCUUCUAAUCAGUGCUAAGCUAAACAACGCUAAGCUCAACUUCCUGUCCAUCUGGGGGAGGGAUGGAGGGGGGGGGGGGCGAUUAUCUGCCCGGCGGUCCGACACAUUGUCCCGACUUCCUGUUCGGUGGGCCCGAUAAACUUGGGUCUUGGAGAGGAAGGCUGAGGGGUUAAAGGUUACGAAGGAAGGUGAAGAAAACAAUGAGAGCCUUGGAGUGGUUUUCAAUGAGGGCCCCAGAAUGAGAAACACUCCACGUUGGUUUACACUUGUUAGGAUGGGACACAAACCAAUUUUGCAGAAUUUCUCAUUUCUCUGUUGCUAAUCAAAACAGCAGCACCUCGUCAGGCAGCAUUGAGAUGAUGUUGUCAUCAACGAAUUGGCUGCUUAUCAAACGUACAUUUUAACACCAAACUGUUCAAUCAAUCAACAAAAGUCGAUGGGACGGGCUAACAGAAAUUAGCAUCGACGUUUCAACAAUUCUAAAGAACUGCUGCUCAACACACAAAGCAGCAACGCAUACAACAUUCUAGCUUCAUGAACGCCAACGUCGGCUGAUGAAGAUUUGGAAAGUUCAUCCGCCCAUCCAUUUUCUUAGCCGCUUAUCCUCACAAGGGGCGCGGGAGUGCUGGAGACUAUGCCAGCUGUCAACAGGCAGGAGGCGGGCCGCAGUACACCCUGAAGCGGUCACCAGCCAAUGGCAGGGCACGUAGAGACAAACAACCAAUGGCACUCACAAUCACACCUUGGGGCAAUUUAGAGGGUCCAAUUAAUGUUUGCACGGGAAGAACACAGCUGGGGGCCGGGAUUUGAACACCGGACCUCAGAACUGUGAGGCCAACGCUUUCCCAGCUGCUCCACCGUGCCAAGUCCAGACCAUUGAAAAGGUCUUUGAGUCAUGAUGAAGUGAGGCCAGGGCGUUCGUUUUGCCUUUUUUUUUUUAAACGUCGCUCCCAUUCGGGGAGAAAAAUGGCCCGAUGUGGAGUUUGCUGAGAAAUGUACCACGUGGAACUUUCUGGGCUUUCUCUCGCGCUGAGAAAAAGAUUUGCUUUUCACAGAAUUUAAGCACAGAAGCGGCGACGGUAGACGGACAAAUUGGCCAACCAUUUUCUCUCUCUGGCACGGAACAAAAAAAAAAAAAAAAAAAAAGACGUGUUUACACAUUUUCACUCCUCGAGUGUUGUUGACCACUGAAGUCGUCCCUGAGGGUUGUCACGGCAACGGUGGAAAUGGCAAGCCUCUGCGGCGCUCAAAUCGUUGACGCGCUUUUCGUGUUUUCAUUUCAAACAAUGAGAUUGAGAAUUUUCUGAAAAGGUUGAAUACUUUUUGAUUUUUUUUUUUUUGUACGUCAUUGUCUCAGGUUGGGAUGCAAACAAGUCGUCAUUAUUAUAUAUAUAUAUAUUAUAUAUAUAUAUAAACAAUUAUUUUCCAGUGUUUAUUGUGUUACUGACAGACUUUGAGAUGAAAAACAUAAAAAAAAAAAAAAAAAUGUGCCUCUCCUUGUGAUCUUGCUAUUUGUUAUUUCUAACUCUUGAGUCAAUUCUGAUCUCAACACAAUCGCUGUAAAAAAGUGUCAAUCGUUUGGAUUUUUCGAUAUGAGAGGGGCAGGACGACGACGGAAGAGUGCAAACGUUUUCUUGUAUCAAAUGUGAGAUUUUGUAGGAUUUUUGUACCGAAAAGUGCGACACACAAAUUUUGGACUGAAAUCAAAUGAAAUUAUUUUUAAGUCAAUUACAAUACAAUUACUCGAUUUAUGCAUUCAAACUAGUUCUUUAAAACAAGAAAAAUUAAUGUGGGGUUUUUUAAUGAUGGUUUGAUAGUACCGUAAUUUCUGUGCAAUUUUUGUCCAAAAGCCCACUGAAUUUCGGUGAGAAUUUUGAGGCUAUCCCUUGAAACAAACAUUUCAUAUAAUAUUUACUGAAUAUUCUUUGUUGUGUAAAUAGAGAAGACGCGCGUGUGCCUUGAUUACGUCAAGAAAAUAAUACUGGAUUUUCAAUUAUUGUUUUUAAUGGUCUGUAUAGCAAACUACUUUUUAUUACCUGACUUUUUUGUAUUUGUACAAUAAAAAUAAACUUUGGAAAUAA